AUGGCUAUGGGGCGACUAUCCCUGGCAUCAGCUCCAUUCCUGCGACCGCUGGUUCUGCGUUCCCAUGUCGUGUCUCCGAUUCCCAAAGCGCGUACGCCACCUCGUUGCGGCUUCGCUAGCACCGCGUUCAAAUUAAUACCCACUGGUGACAAGUGCAGCCCCAAUGUCCUAUAUGAAACCCUUGAAGGUGUGGAAAGAAUCGAGCACUAUCGUCCAGGAGGCUAUCACCCCAUUCAAAUCGGAGAUCACCUUCAUGGCCGUUACCAAGUAAUACAUAAGCUGGGACAUGGCUCCUACUCCACUACUUGGCUGGCCCGUGACGAUCAAAACAAUAAGUAUGUUGCAGUGAAAAUCUGCACCUCCGACUCAGAUCCCAAGGAAGCUAGUAUCUUAACCACUCUCACACGUCCGCAUUAUCCUGCGACCAGUCAUCCGGGCAAGACAAUGCUCCCUUCAAUUCUAGACUCCCUCUCCAUCCAUGGUCCAAACGGAGAACAUAUUUGCUACGUUACCUCUCCUGCCAGGGCUAGUCUCUCCGAUCUGAAAGAUGGCUCAUGGCUCCGCUUAUUCCAACUUGACGUAGCCCGGGCUUUUGCUGCUCAGCUCGUUCUAGCAGUGGACUACAUACAUACUCGAGAGUUUAUCCACGGAGAUAUUCAUAUGGGCAAUAUCCUGCUCAAAACCUCUCGCGGCAUUGACCAGCUCUCACCCGAACAAUUAUAUGAAAAGUAUGGAGCACCUGAGCUAGACCCAGUGGUUCAUUUAGACGGAAAACCGCUUCCUCCUGGGGUCCCAUCCCACGGCAUUGCGCCCAUCUGGCUUGGAGAACCAAGCGAGAAAGUCACGCUUCCGGAGGCAAGGAUUCUACUUGCAGACUUUGGUGAGGCCUUUUCUUCCAAAGAAACAAGAUAUCUAUCUCACACUCCACUAGUCAAUCGUCCUCCUGAAGCUCGCUUUGAACCAAAUAAACCACUGUCAUUUUCAUCGGAUAUAUGGACUCUCGCCUGCACAAUUUGGACCAUUAUUGCCCAGAGGCCACUUUUUGAAGGAUUCCUCGCUACGGAAGAUUACAUGACCCGUGAGCAUGUAGAUACUCUGGGUAUCUUGCCUCCUGAGUGGUGGAAGAGAUGGGAAGCGCGACCAGAGAGUUUUACCGAGGAUGGGAGGCCAAUUAAGCGGAAUCCAUAUCGCUCUUGGGGUGAUCGCUUCGAGGAUAGUGUGCAACAGCCCAGACAAGAAGUGGGAAUGCCUUUGUUUGAUGCAGAAGAGAGGGAUGCUAUCCUUGAGAUGUUACGACCGAUGCUUGCAUUUAGACCCGAACAGCGAAGCACGACGAAGCAGGUUCUCGAGUCGGAGUGGAUGGUGAAAUGGGCUUUAUCGGAGUAUGAGAAGAUUCGACGAGGAUGA